UGGACUGUAGCGUUGGCGUCCUAUAAGCCCCUUAAACCCGCAUAUAGAAUGCAACAUGAAUAAUCUUCUCAAAUAUUCUCAGCCCCAAGCAAGGGUGAUAUGAGUCCACAAGCCAAUUAAUUGUAACUCUGCUCUUCUUCGUUGUAUAGGUAACAUUUCUUUUUCUUAUUUUUGAGCAUUGAGAAAAGUUCCAACCUCCACUCCACUCUCUUACAGGUUGGUACAGACAACCUUUUACUCUACCAGCCAGAUUCCCAGAACAUGGUGACGAUGCGAUCCUCCAGGUUCCCCAAAGCUCUCUCAGCUUCACAUGCCAACUGUGUCAUAUUCUUCUCUGAUUAGCACGAUGCAUACACAAACCCCUCUCCUCCUCCAUCUUAUCCCACUCCAGGCUCAGGACCCCACAUGGCUAUAGCCACUGUACUCUGCAGCGUUUUGUGGUGAAAUCAGUUCUAUAUCGCCAGCAUAUACCCAUCUUUGUGAUACGCAUAACGAAGCAUCCCAUCCACGGCAAUGUAUCUCAAAAAGAUAUCGUGCUCGCCACAUACAGUCCUCCCUAUAAAGCACCUCCCGGGCUACACCAGGCCCUAUUCGCAAACUCCAUGCAUUUCAAAGACCAAUACCUACAAUAUUCCAGAAAAACCAUCAAUCUUAAUAAAAGAUCACCCCCGACUAUCCUCACCACUUAGCCUAGCGCCGUAUCCCAUCCUAGCCCGGCGCCAAGCAGAGCUAUACAACCAAGCACGAGACGACCUCAUACGUCAACACCAGCGAAACACAUGGCACGACACCCACUCGUCUCUUCCCAAGGAAGUCCGAUUGCAUUUCUCCCAACUAGUUCUAUCAACAUAUGAUAACCACAUCGGAUGGACAGGUUCCAAAGGGAGACAUGAUUCUCGGAUCCCAGCACGAAGUAGAUCCGGUUUGGAGCAGGAUUUGCAGCAUCGACGAUUGAUUACAUUGUUAUUCGUUGUUGGGGCGUUUAUGCAAGCUUGCUUCCUCACGACUCAGAAUUACAAGGAUGAAUUUCCUGCGGAGGAUGUUAGUAGUCAGGGUGGUGGGCGAUUGAUUGAGUCUCGGAGACGGCGAGCGAGUUGUUUGGGGUUUGGCGAUGCCCAGGUUGAGAGAUUCUUAUUGAAGAGGGAUCCAUCCGGAGAGGGAGUUACUGGAUCUGAGAGGAUGGUGUAUCGGGAGGCCUUGCCUUAUUGUUCCUACGGUGGGUGAAUUAAAGGGAGUGGGAUACAAGUGCGUAGGCAUAUAGAAGGCUCUUCAUUGUUCGUGA